CGCCUCGGGGCGGAGCGAGCACGCGGAGACAAGCUGCGGCCCACGGCGGUAGUCAGGAGUGACGCUCCCCGGCAGCAUGGCUCGAAAGCACCCUGCAGGCAGGAGGCAGCGGGGGCGCGGCCCGGAAGCCAAGGACAACAAAGCAGCCCGGCCUGAGGAGAGCGAGGCAGAUGACUUUGAAGAUGAGAAACAGAAACCCCCAAAGAAGUGCUUCCCCUCCAGAGUGUCCCGCGGGAAGAGGAAGAGAGGCUGCAGUGAUCCAGGAGACCCCACAGAUGGUGCAGCAAAAAAGAAAGUGGCCAAAGCCACUGCCAAAUCCAAGAAUCUCAAGGCCCCGAAGGAGGAAGCCCUCAGCGAUGGGGACGAUUUCAGGGACUCUCCAGGCGACUGCAAGAAGGCAAAGAAACAUGCAAAGACAGAGGUGGUGGACAAAGGCAGUGAUGAAGACGAGGACAGUGAGGAUGACUGGGAGGAGGUGGAAGAACUUACCGAGCCUAUGCUGGACAUGGGAGAAGAUUCUACCACCUCACAGUCUGUCCUGCCUGUGAAGGCUGUGGAAAUAGAAAUUGAAACACCGGAGCAGGCGAAGGCACGGAAGAGAAGUGAGAAGAUAAAGAUGGAGCUUGAGACGUACCUCCGGAGGAUGAUGAAGCGCUUCAAUAAAGAAGUUCAGGAGAACAUGCACAAGGUUCACCUGCUGUGCCUGCUGGCCAGUGGCUUCUAUCGAAACAGCAUCUGCCGCCAGCCAGAUCUGCUGGCCAUUGGCCUCUCCAUCAUCCCAACUCGCUUUACCAAGGUGCCACUUCAAAACAGGGACAUCUGCUUCCUCUCAAACUUGGUGAAGUGGUUCAUUGGAACCUUCACGUUCAAUGCGGACCUUUCAGCCAGUGAGCAGGACAGCCUGCAGACAACCUUGGAGAGAAGAAUCGCCAUUUACUCUGCAAGGGAUGAUGAGGAGUUGGUCCAUAUAUUUCUUCUGAUUCUUCGGGCUCUGCAGCUGCUCACCCGACUGGUGUUGUCUCUACAGCCCGUCCCACUGAAGUCAUCUGUGACAAAGGGGAAGAAGUCUUCCAUGGGGACAUCCUUAGAGAGUCCUGGAGGCUCUUCAGAUCCUUCCAGUAAUGUUCCAGAAAGCCCCAAGAGGCCCAAGACCAGCAGAAGAAUCAAAGAAGAGGACGCCUCUUCUGAGUGCCGUGCAAAGGCAGAUGGCCGAGGGAAGAGAAGCAAGGCCACUGCGGGCAGUGGGCAGCGGAGAAAGCCCUCCUGCAGCGAGGGAGAGGAAGCCAAGCCGAAAACCCAAAGCCGUGCACGGGCCCGGCAGCAGCGGGUGGCUGCCAAGGUGUCCUACAAAGAGGAGAGUGGGAGCGAUGAGGCAGGCAGCGGCUCUGACUUUGAACUCUCCAGUGGAGAGGGCCGGAAUUCCUCUGAUGAGGAUUGUGAGCCCGGCCCUCGAAAGCAGAAGAGGACUCCAGGUCCUCAGAGGACAAAGACCAGGUCUAAGAGUGCCACCAAGACCCAGUGUGAGCCGCCAAGCUUUCCAGCAGCAUCUUCAAGCUCUUCAGGCAGUAAGAGAGGCAGGAAGGUUUCCAGUGGUGGAGAAGAGACAGGAGCUAGGAAAGCUGCUGGUGUAGACCAGUGGUUGGAGGUGUUCUGUGAGUCGCAGGCCAAGUGGGUGUGUGUGGACUUUGUGCAUGGUGUGGUGGGCCAGCCUCUGACCUGUUACAAAUAUGCCACCAAACCCAUGACCUAUGUCAUAGGCAUUGACAAUGAUGGCUGGGUCCGAGAUGUCACUCAGAGGUAUGACCCAGCCUGGAUGACCACAACCCGAAAGUUACGGGUUGACGCUGAGUGGUGGGCUGAGACCUUGAGACCCUAUCAGAGUCCGCUUACGGAGAGGGAGAAGAAGGAAGACCAGGAGUUUCAGGCGAAGCACCUGGAUAAGCCUUUGCCCACCUCCAUCGGGACAUAUAAGAACCACCCCCUCUAUGCCCUGAAGCGCCACCUCUUGAAAUUCCAGGCCAUCUACCCUGAGACAGCUGCAGUCCUUGGAUAUUGCCGUGGAGAAGCUGUCUACUCCAGGGACUGUGUGCAUACUCUGCACUCCAGGGACACAUGGCUGAAGCAAGCAAGAGUGGUACGGCUUGGAGAAGUGCCCUACAAGAUGGUGAAAGGCUUCUCCAACCGUGCCCGGAAAGCCCGGCUUUCGGAGCCCCAGCUGCACGACUACAAUGACUUGGCCCUCUAUGGCCACUGGCAGACAGAGGAGUAUCAGCCCCCUGUGGCUGUAGAUGGGAAGGUACCGCGGAAUGAGUUUGGGAACGUGUAUCUCUUCCUGCCCAGCAUGAUGCCUAUCGGUUGUGUCCAGAUGCACCUGCCCAACCUGCACCGUGUGGCCCGCAAGCUGGGCAUCGACUGUGUGCAGGCCAUCACUGGCUUCGAUUUCCAUGGAGGCUACUGCCAUCCAGUAACUGAUGGCUACAUUGUCUGUGAGGAAUUCAAAGACGUGCUGCUGACUGCUUGGGAGAAUGAACAGGCCAUCAUUGAAAAGAAGGAGAAGGAGAAAAAGGAGAAGCGGGCGCUGGGGAACUGGAAGCUGCUGGUCAGAGGACUGCUCAUCAGAGAGAGGCUGCAGCUCCGAUAUGGGGCCAAGAGCGAGGCAGUAGCUCCCCAUGCAAAUGCAGGAGGCGGACUCUCUUCUGAUGAAGAGGAAGGGACCAGCUCACAAGCAGAAACAGCCAGAGUCCUGGCUGCCUCCUGGCCACAAAACCGAGAGGCUAAAGAAGAACAGAAGCCCGAGUACCGUAAGAUGACCCGGAAGAGGCGGGCAGCAGAGGCUUCACAUCUCUUCCCAUUUGAGAAGCUGUGAAGCGAGUGUCCACCAGGCCAGGUAGCAGUUCUUGUCUGCGGCUGGUGGUCUGGGGACUACAGGCCAAAUGGAAGUUGUGCUGCAGUUCGGUCUGACCCAUGGGGUAGUGCUGGAGCUACCCAGAACCCACCCCGGAAGUUGGAACACUUUCCUGGGAGAUACCUUCUGACUCCUGGACUUUGGUAUUUCCAUCUUUGGAAAUGUGAGUUUCUUUUAGAAGUCUUAUAUGUUGCCCCAGCUGGUUUCAAAUUCAAAAUCCCUGCCUUAUGCCACCAUGCCUUGUCUGGUUUUUUCUUUUAGUUUUUAAAUAGAAAUCCCUGGGAAAUUCUGGGUAUUGGAGCAUGUGGACACACCCUUCUUUAGUGCUGUUCAUACCGGGAUGCUUUGCUCUCCUCUCCUGCAGGCCCGGGGCAUUCGCUUUUCAGGCCUUCCUUUGCCCGAGUCAGGUUUUCAACACUGCCCGGUGCUCUUUUGUCAGGACACAGGCCAUCUCUUGUCAAGGCACUUUUGGGAUUGAUUUUAUAGUUGGCACAAGACUAGAACAAAGAGCUGGAUCAAGAAAGGGUAAACAAAUUGAGAAGUAUGAAAAUGUUAGUGAAAGAUUAGUUAGACUGUUUUAUUCAGUUCUGGAUACAUUUACUCUGUACUGAUACGUUUACUUAGCUGCUCUAUGCCAGCUACUCAGGAGAAAGCCCUUUUAUAAAAUCUUGACAGAAAAUAAAGCAUUCACCUAAAAGCA